AUGAACUUUAGUAACUUCCUUCAAUGCCUUUGCUUUCAUCAUAGAGUGAUGGAGAACAACCAGACCACAGUGACAGAUUUCAUUCUGCUGGGAUUUCUUGUUAGCCCAGAGAUGAAGAUGUUUUUCUUUGGACUCUUCUUCCUCUUCUAUACCUUUGCUCUGCUGGGAAAUGGAGUCAUCCUGGGCUUGAUAUAUCUUGACUCUAGACUCCACACUCCUAUGUACUUCUUCCUCUCUCAACUGGCUAUUGUUGACAUCACUUAUGCCUCCAACACAGUACCCCAGAUGUUGGCAAAUCUCCUGUAUCCAGCCAAGCCCAUCUCCUUUGCAGGGUGCAUCAUGCAGACUUAUCUCUUUUUAACUCUUGCCCACGUUGAAUGUCUUCUACUGGUAAUGAUGAGCUAUGACCGGUAUGUGGCAAUCUGCCAUCCCCUCAGAUACACUCUCAUUAUGAACAGAGGAAUGUGUAUUGCACUGGCCAUCACGUCUUGGGUAGGUGGAAACCUCCUGGCCUUGGUCCAUGUCAUUCUCCUGCUUAGGCUGCCCUUUUGUGGGCCCCGGGAAAUCAACCACUUCUUCUGUGAAUUACUGUCUGUACUGAAACUUGCCUGUGCAGACAUAUGGCUCAACAAAUUAGUCACCUUUAUUGCCUGUAUAUUUAUUGUAGUUGUACCCCUCUCCCUAGUCCUAAUCUCCUACACACAUAUUCUUGCUGCUAUCCUGAGAAUCCAUUCAAGGGAAGGACGAAAGAAAGCCUUCUCCACCUGCUCCUCCCAUCUCUGUGUGGUUGGUCUUUUCUUUGGUAAUGCCAUCAUUCUCUACAUGACCCCCAACUCCAGAAACUUUGAGGAGCAACACAAAAUUCUUUUCUUGUUUUACAGCUUCUUUAAUCCUACUCUAAAUCCUCUGAUAUAUAGUCUAAGAAAUGCAGAGGUAAAGGGUGCCUUUAGAAGAUUGCUUAGGAAAGAGAGACUAGUUUAA